ACUGAAACAUGUGGUCACUAGAUCCUCCAUCUUCAACCGUCCGCUUUUCGUUAAUUCACAUCUUUGCCGUCCAUGCUUCCACACACUUCCCUGCAAUUGGUUGCGUCCCGGAAGAGAAAUCGGGUGCGCAGCGACGCGCCGCCUCUUCUUUCAUCGCGGUGCCGCCUCAGCGUCUAGCUACCGCGUCGAUCACCUCGUCUUUCGGCGAACUCUCUUUUCGGUUAGGGUGUUUCUACGGGAGAGUGGACUAGUGAAAAAAAUGGAAAUGGCGCUGUCUUUUUCGAAGUUUGGAUCACUCUCAACGUCUGUGACGGCUGAUGGCUACAAUAGAAUCAGUCUCAUCAGUUGCCGGAGUAGAGAUGGUACUGUAGAUGUUAUUUGUUACGCACAACCGGCCAGACUUGCAAAGGGGAUCAGCUUACGCUCGAAAGAUACUUUCUUGGCCUGUUUUAGAGCCGAAAACACUGAGAUUUGCUUGAAUAGGAGGCAACUCAACACCACCAUCAGAUGCGAGCUGCCGCCUUCAGCAGAGGUCAGCUCGGGAGAAACAGUCAGUAGUUUAAAGGGCUCCAGUGAUGCACCUCUAAAGAAUUCUAUUAGCAUUACGGAGGAUUACCACGUAGACAACUAUAAUGGAAACGAAAGCAAAGACAUUCUUGAUGGAACAGGGGGUGACAGGAAAAUUCCACCUGGAGGAGGAGGGGGAGGAGGGAGAGGAGGGGGAGACAGUGGUGGGGAUAAUAGUGGUGGUUAUGAAGAAGAAGAAUUUGGGCCACUCUUGAAGUACGAGGAAGUGGUCAAAAAAGUAGAGGCUCACAGUGCGAGUCUUCCUCUUGACAUGCUUGAGGCUGCUAAAACCAGUGGGAUCCAAGAGCUCCUCUUGUAUAGGUACUUGGAUCUGCAGGCAUCAGCUUGGCCAAUUGGUGCGGCAAUGAAAUAUUGUGCUAUGUUUCGUAACCGGAUGCUUGCUGACCCAUCUUUCCUUUUCAAAAUUGGCACUGAGAUAAUCAUUGAUUCAUGCUGUGCAACAUUUGCGGAAAUCCAAAAGAGGGGCAAAGAUUUCUGGGCAGAAUUUGAGUUGUAUGCUGCAGACCUCUUGGUAGGUGUAGUUGUUAAUGUAGCAUUAGUUGGUAUGCUAGCACCAUAUGCACGCUUUGGCCAAGUAUCUACUUCAAACAGCAUAUUGGGACGCAUAACACGUGCUUAUGGGGCUCUCCCUAGCAGUGUAUUUGAAGCUGAAAGACCAGGAUGCAAAUUUUCAGUUAAACAGAGAAUGGCGACUUAUUUCUAUAAGGGUUUCUUAUAUGGAACGGUUGGAUUUGCAUGUGGACUGAUAGGGCAGGGCAUUGCAAAUUUGAUUAUGACUGCCAAAAGGAGUGUAAAUAAAAAAGAAGACGAUAUUCCAGUUCCACCCCUGAUUAAAAGUGCUGCUCUCUGGGGUGUUUUCCUUGCUGUUUCUUCUAAUACUCGUUACCAGAUUAUAAAUGGCCUGGAACGUCUAGUUGAGACUUCGGUUGUAGCAAAACAAAGCCCAUCCAUUGCAAUGGCUUUUACUGUUGGUGUUCGCUUUGCCAACAACAUCUAUGGUGGAAUGCAGUUUGUUGAUUGGGCCAGGUGGAGCGGCGUCCAAUGAGGGGAUGGAUCGUCUACGAGCAAGCUUUUGUCAGAUGGAUCUUUCAUUCUAGGUCGGAUGCAGCACGAUGUUUCUGGGAAUUAGGCUUGCUCAAAUGAGCAGAGUUGUUUGACUUAGUUUCCAGUUGUUUGUCAACAGUAGAAUUCUAGGGGUUUUUAAAGUUGUAACCAGGAUAUGCAAUCUUCUCAGAGCUAUUGCAUCUCAUUUUAAUGCGAUUGAUUUAAUAGAAUGGCUUGAACUAAAUGUAAAACUUUAAAUUUUAGAAAAUUUGUUUUAUAUAA